AUGGCCCCUAUUAUUUGGAUAUUAUAUAUAAUAAAUGUAAUAUAUUGUGUUGCAUUAAAAAAUCAUUAUUUUAUUAAAUCUUAUUCCUAUUCUAAAGUAAAAAAUAGAGAAAAUAAAAUAUAUGGAAUACCUAGGAUGUAUAAAUGGUUAACAUCUUAUUAUCCUACAGUAAGAGAAGAAUUAAUUAAUAAUGAAAAACAAAAAUCUGUUGAUAUUUUUUAUAUUGAUAUGAAUGGAGUUAUUCAUCAUUGUACUCAUGCUAACAAAGAAAGGUUACCUAUAUAUGAUGAACAUCAAUUAUUUUCAAAUAUUUUGCAAUAUUUAAAAAGUUUGUUUUAUUUAAUAAAACCGAAAAAAUUAAUUUACAUUGGUGUUGAUGGGGUCUCACCAAAAGCAAAAAUGAAUCAACAAAGAAAAAGAAGAUUUUUAAGUUUAUUUAAAAUUCAUGAAAAUUCAAAUGCAUCAAAUUUAUUUAAUCCCAAUUGUAUAACAACAGGAACAGAUUUUAUGUAUAAAAUUAACUUAUCACUAAACAAAUGGUUUAAAAUUUUAAAAAAAAAAAAUAUUUUUAAUUUUCAAGUUUUAUUUUCUGGAUCUGAUGUUGCUGGAGAAGGGGAACAUAAGAUUUUGAAAUUUAUCAGAGAGAAUUGCAAAAGGGAUAAUAAUUUUAAAAAUUAUAAUCAUUGUAUAUAUGGAUUAGACGCUGAUCUAAUUAUGUUAUCUUUAGUUACUCAUUUAAAUAAUAUAUUUAUUUUAAGGGAUAAAUUUAAAAUGAAUAUUGAUUCUCAAAACGGUAUUUUAGAAAAUAUUGAAAAAGCACAAAUGGAAAAUAAAAAUUGUAAUGAUAUUAUUACACCUAGUAAAAAUGAUGAAAAGGAAAAAAAUACAGAAAAAAAUAUUGGAGAAAAUGAAACUAAACAAAAUUGUUUGAUAGAAAAAAAAGGUAUUGAAGAGGAAGGAAAAGUUCUUAAAAUGGAUAAUGAACAAAUUGAAGAAUUGGAUAAAUAUAAAAAAUAUUUCAAUAAAAUUCAUAAAUAUACUAAAGAUUAUUACAUCAAUUAUGAAUGCUUAAAUAGCAAUGAUUUUGAAAUUUUAGAUAUUUAUAAAUUGCGAACUUCUAUAAAAACGCAAAUAGCUACUUAUAUAAAUAAAUUAAAAAAAAACAAAAAUAUAGUAUUUAGUAUAAACAGGGUAGUCGAUGACAUAGUAUUUUUAUCAUUUUUAGUAGGGAAUGAUUUUUUACCUCAUAUUCCAAAUAUUGAUAUAAAUGAAGGAUCUAUGAAUGAAAUUUUAAAUUCAUAUAUAUUUUACAUUUAUAAGUAUUCUAAUUAUAUAACAUAUAAAGAUAAAGUACACAUACAAAGAUUAAAAAUCAUAUUGAAAAUUUUAAGUGCUCAAGAAUUUCAAUAUUUUAAAAAAAGAGGAAUAAAUGAAAAUAUUAGUGAAUUUACUGAUGAAAAAAAAUAUAAAAAUUAUUACUAUCUUCAUAAAUUUGGUUUUAAUGAUUCAACAAAAAUACAAGAAAUUGUAAAAAAAUAUAUUGAAGGGUUAUUUUGGAAUUUACAUUAUUAUCAUUUUGGUUGUGCUAGUUGGUAUUGGGAAUAUCCAUAUCAUUAUGCUCCCUUAUGCAGUGAUUUAUUAAGUUUUGAAAAAUCGGAUUUUUUUUUUGAAAAGGGAAAACCUUAUUCUGCCUAUACUCAUUUGAUAAGUGUACUACCACAAAAAGACAAAAAUCUUCUACCUGAUGCAUAUAAAAAUAUUUAUGUUGAAGAUGAAGUUAAAUCAUUUUUCCCUGAAAAUGUUAAAAUUGACCCCAAUGGAAAAAAAGAAACUUGGGAAUACAUAGUACACUUGCCUUUUAUAAAUUGCAAUACAAUAGAUAAAAUAAUUACAGAAAAAAGUAAAAAAAUUUCUAGUCUUAAAUUUAAAUUAAGGGAAUUAAAUGGAAGAGAGCAUAUAUAUUAA